AUGGUUUGUGUAUUAGGAAUUGAAGGCUCAGCAAACAAAAUCGGCGUGGGCAUAAUUCGAGAUGGUGAGGUCCUGUCAAAUCCGCGGGCGACUUUUCAUGCACCACCCGGAGAAGGCUUUCGACCCAGCGAAACCGCACAACAUCAUCGUCAACAGAUUUUGAAAAUUCUGACGAAAGCGCUCAGUGAUGCAAACAUCAGAGAUCCCGAAAAGGAGAUUGAUGCCAUAGCAUUUACGAAAGGACCGGGCAUGGGAGCUCCUUUACAGGUUGGUGCUAUAGUUGCUCGCACACUAUCGUUGACAUGGUCAUUGCCCCUAAUACCCGUUAAUCACUGUAUUGGUCACAUCGAAAUGGGCCGUCUUAUUACGGGCGCACACAAUCCUGUAGUAUUGUAUGUUAGCGGAGGAAAUACGCAGGUAAUUUCAUAUUCUCACUACAAAUAUCGCGUAUUUGGAGAAACAAUUGAUAUAGCUGUAGGCAACUGUCUUGACAGAUUUGCCCGCGUUGUCAUGUUGCCAAAUGAUCCCAGCCCUGGUUAUAAUAUUGAGCAAGCAGCCAAGAAAGUUGAAAGUAUACCUUCGCCAAGACAUGUGCGCUUUAUUAACAAACCCAGGGCGGUACUUGGUCAGCGAAUCUGGCUACGAAAUGGCUUGAAUUUAACUACUCAUUAUCAGAAACAGAUAAAUACCUUUUAUUUUUUUAAAUCAUACAUUAUUUUAUUCUUUUGCACAUCAUCCUUGGAAGAAAAUUGUUUAUCGGUCGUGGAUAAGAGAAAAGGUGCUACAUCGAACUUCGGUUCUCUCCCCUGUCAUAUCAGCAAUCAGUUUUCAAGUAGGUUGCUUCCAGGAAGCAAGCUGUUAGAAUUGCCAUACAAUGUCAAAGGUAUGGAUGUCGCAUUUUCCGGAAUAUUGUCCUUAAUCGAAAGCAAAGCUACGAAGUUAUUAUCUAGUGGCGAAUACACCGUAGAAGAUCUGUGCUUUUCCCUUCAGUUUAAGGAGACCGUUUUCGCUAUGCUAGUAGAGAUCACUGAACGAGCUAUGGCACAUACAGGAAGCAGAGAAUUGCUUAUUGUUGGCGGAGUUGGAUGUAACAAACGACUGCAGGAAAUGGCUGAAUGUAUGUGUGCUGAAAGGGAUGCGCAUCUUUUCGCAACCGACGAGCGUUUUUGCAUUGAUAAUGGGGCAAUGAUAGCUCAAGCAGGUUAUUUGAUGCAUAAAGCAGGACUUAGUUGUGAGGUUUGUGAUGUUUGAAA